GUGAAGCGGCUGACUAAGGAACGAUAAGUGUAGUAGGAUAGAGUCUGCAUAUAUCAUCGUUCACCAUGUGCCCUGUUGUAUUACUUGCAAUGAUUUUCAGCUUAUUGCUGUUUUUAUUAGAAUUAACUGCUGCUCUUACGGUAACCUUUGUACCAGAAAGCAUAGAAAAGUUGAAAGAAGGCGAUCAGAGAAAUGUGAGCUUCUCAGUGAUCGACCCAAAACCAACAAAUCACAGCUACUACCAGCUAUUGGUGACCGACUUUCGUGUUGCUGAUAUUGUAACAAACAAAUUUUUUAACGUGACCGAGCUUCAAGGACGUGGAACUUAUGGAGAAACAUUCAAUGAAACUUUUAAAUUAGAAGGUAAAUUUCUAGGGCAUACUGGUGUCCAAGUUAUGGCUCUGUCAAAAACAGGUAAUGAAACUGAGAAGUCAAAUCCGUUGAAAGUUAGCGUUAUCCGGAAGGAAAACAAGUUGAUCACGGUUUUCAUUGCGUCUGUAGCAACGUUAGUUUCUCUAAGCUAUGUCAGUAUGGGUUGUGCUUUGGAUCUAAACGUCAUUAAAGAUGUUUUAAAGAAACCUGUUGCUCCAGCUGUGGGAUUUGGCUGUCAGUAUAUAUUAAUGCCUUUGAUAGCCUAUGGAAUCGGUCAACUCUUGUUUACUUCGCCCAUCCUCCAGCUAGGUUUAUUUGUAUUUGGUUGUAGCCCAGGCGGUGGUGCUAGCAACAUGUGGACUGUAUUGCUUGAAGGAAAUCUCAGCCUCAGCGUUACUAUGACUUUUUUAAGUACUCUUGCUUCUUUAGCCAUGAUGCCCCUGUGGAUUUUCACUCUCGGAAAGACGCUCUUCAGUGGAACUAGCAAGAUACCAUUUAAAAAUAUUUUCAUAUCUCUGAUUAGCAUGGUGAUACCUCUAGGGAUCGGACUUUUGAUCCAAAGGUAUCUCCCCAAAGUGGCUAAGUGUGGACGCCGUAUCCUUGUUCCGGCCUGCGUUGUAAUGAUUAUUUAUAUUGUAGCAUUUGGAACUUACGCAAAUCUUUACAUGUUCAAACUCUUCACUUGGCAAACGGUAGUAUCAGCUCUUGUCAAUGUCUGGUUUGGAUUCUUCUUUGGGGCCCUUUUUGCUCGUUUGAUUGGCAGACCAGUUGAAGAUGUUAUAGCUAUUGCUGUUGAAACUGGGGUGCAAAAUUCUGGAAUCUCUAUUGUUCUCCUUGGCUUCUCCUUAGAGCACCCGGACUCUGAUCUGGCUUCUGUCGUGCCUGUUGCUGCUUCUAUCGUGAUGCCUAUUCCUCUAAUGAUAUUGUACGUAAUACAGAAAAUUCGAUUGAGGUGGUGCACUCAAGAGGAAGAUGCGGAUUUAGAACACGUCAGCAAAGAAACCAAAUAUAAGCCCGUUGUAGAGUCGCCUAUUAACGGUGACUACGAAUCCAACAUACUCAUGAAUGGGUAUAUUUGAGCAACUUCAGUUGGAAUUCAGAGUUUUGGCUUUAUCAGUGUACAGAGUUAUUCAAAAGUCAUCCAAUAUGUAAGAGUACACGGAAAAGAGGUGAACUAUAGUAAGUGAAAUGUUUUAUGUGCUGCCACCGACUGCAAAGUAGAUCUGUGUUUUUCGGGUGGUGGGCAACAAAUAAAUCGUUUAUGAUGCUCCAGAUAAAUAUGUUCUAUGUACUAUUACAUGGGGCGUGACCUUUAAAUAACUUUGUGAAAUAAAAUAUUAUGGAAGGCUUUGACAUGAUAAACAAUGAAAUCUCUCCGCCCAUAGGUUUAGUUAUAUCUCUCUAAGCUCAUUAGUUUUUGUUUUGUUUUCGUCAGCAACUGAUGAAAAUUUUGUAUUUUACAUAAACAGUUUAAGACUUAUAAUAAUGUUUCUAUGAAUGUUAAAAGCAUUUAGUAAGAAUCGGAAAAUAAAGGGUUUAAUUACUAAAAACUAUUGUAUGUGUUGCUCCCCUAUUCUCAGUGAUCUGAUGUCGAAUAAAUUAUAUAGAAAUUCGUUAAUUUUCUUUUGUUCAAGAUGUUGUAUUGUUUU